AUGAAUGUUAUAUGUGAUGUUAUUCAACGGGUUGUUUAUUCAUUACAUUAUAAUCGAGAAUUAUGGGAUCUUGAAGAUUCUCAAGAAUUUAUUCCACAACGACAUUAUACUCUUGAAAUUAAAUUAUGUUUGGCACAUCUUCUUAGUCAAUAUAUAAUUCAAUUUGGUGAUAAAACUGAUAAUAAUUUUAUUAUUCGAGAAACAUUAGUCAUUCAGCCGGAUGCUGUCUAUAUAAAAUUGAAUCCAAAUCAAUGGAAAUUUUUUCUUAAUUUUGAUUCAUUAUUACCUAUAAUAAAAUAA